CGCGCGCGCCUCGGCGGCCCGGCUCCCGUCGUCCCCUCCGGAACCAACGCGCGCGGGACGCGGCGCCGGGGCGCGCGGCGGGGCCGGACCCGCGCCGGAAGUGACGCGCUCGCCAUGGCGCACAUCACCAUCAACCAGUACCUGCAGCAGGUGUAUGAAGCAAUUGAUACCAGAGAUGGAGCGUCUUGUGCAGAGUUGGUGUCUUUCAAGCAUCCUCAUGUUGCAAACCCGAGGCUGCAGAUGGCCUCUCCAGAAGAGAAGUGUCAGCAAGUUUUGGAACCCCCUUAUGAUGAAAUGUUUGCAGCUCAUUUAAGAUGCACCUACGCAGUGGGGAACCAUGACUUCAUAGAGGCGUACAAGUGCCAGACGGUCAUAGUCCAAUCAUUCCUGAGGGCAUUUCAGGCCCACAAAGAAGAAAACUGGGCCCUCCCUGUCAUGUACGCAGUAGCACUUGACCUUCGAGUGUUUGCCAACAAUGCUGAUCAGCAGUUGGUAAAGAAGGGGAAGAGCAAAGUUGGGGACAUGCUGGAAAAGGCUGCCGAGUUGUUAAUGAGCUGCUUCCGCGUCUGUGCCAGUGACACUCGUGCUGGCAUAGAGGACUCUAAGAAGUGGGGGAUGCUGUUUCUGGUGAAUCAGUUAUUUAAAAUCUACUUUAAGAUCAACAAGCUCCAUUUGUGUAAACCCCUGAUCAGAGCCAUUGACAGCUCCAACUUGAAAGAUGACUAUAGCACUGCACAGAGAGUCACGUACAAAUACUACGUGGGACGCAAGGCCAUGUUUGAUAGUGACUUCAAGCAAGCCGAGGAGUACCUGUCAUUUGCCUUUGAGCACUGCCACCGUUCCAGUCAGAAGAACAAGAGGAUGAUUCUGAUCUAUUUGCUUCCAGUGAAGAUGCUUCUGGGCCACAUGCCGACGACGGAGCUCCUGAGGAAGUACCACCUCAUGCAGUUUGCCGAGGUGACCAAGGCUGUGAGCGAGGGCAACCUGCUGCUGCUCCACGAGGCCCUGGCGAAGCACGAGACCUUCUUCAUCCGCUGCGGCAUCUUCCUCAUCCUGGAGAAGCUCAAGAUCAUCACCUACAGGAGCCUCUUUAAGAAAGUGUAUUUGCUACUCAGAACACACCAGCUAUCCCUGGACGCCUUCCUGGUCGCCCUGAGGUUCAUGCGCGUGGAGGACGUGGACAUUGACGAGGUGCAGUGCAUCCUGGCCAACCUGAUCUACAUGGGUCACAUCAAAGGCUACAUAUCACAUCAGCACCAGAAGCUGGUGGUCAGCAAGCAGAACCCGUUCCCUCCUCUGUCCACUGUGUGCUGAGCUCGGGCCAGGCGCUGCAGAGCCUGAGCUGCUGUCUGUGCAGCCCGACGCUGCCGAAGCGGCGGUCGCCACCACGCCCAGGAGCUCCCGGCCUGCGCCGUCCUCCGUGG